AUGUUGACGUUGGAAGCACAGUCGCGCGGCGUUACUGUAAAAACAGCGUCUACCACGACAAACGGCGAGUCUGCCGCGGAGCCUCCAUCAUUAUCCUCUGGUAACAUCAGCAGCUCCCGCUUUCCACUGCACUUGACGGCCUCCACUCAUCAAGGUCUCCAGCCGAGGAGGCAACAUCCGCCGCCACCGCAUCAUUUCAAAGCCCAGCACCUUUUCUCAGACGAGGCCGCUCAAGAUGCCGGGAUGAAAAAGUCCUUGCCCUCGCUACAAUACAAGGUACAUGACUCUGCAUUUUGUCGUGUUCUUUCGGCUGAGGCAACUGCUGCCGCUGCUUUCGCCUCGGCGGCAGCGUACUCUGCUGCUAUGGACAAAGACGUAUGGAAGUGUGGAUACUUGAAAAAGCAGAGGCACGGUCACAAGAGGUUUUUCGUGCUGAGGGGGCCAAGUCACUUAGGCCCCAGUCGCUUGGAAUAUUACGACAGUGAGAAGAAAUUCCGCAACGCUUUGAAAUCUGCCUCUGCCUCUACUGCCAGUGCUAUGUGUCCUCCUAAGAGGGUCAUCCAUCUCUCCCAGUGUUUCACUGUCAACAAGAGGGCUGAUGCUAAGAACAAAUACCUCAUUGCCCUGUACACUAAAGAUGAGUACUUUGCCAUGGUAGCUGAGAACGAACAGGAGCAGGAGGAGUGGUACCAGGCAUUUAAUAACUGGAUGACAGAGGGCAAAAAGGGGCAGCUGGAUCCAGAGGAGUUGGACGAUGGCUACGGAACAAUUUCGCCAGGCACCAUUUUCAAGGAAGUGUGGCAGGUGAAUGUGAAACCUAAGGGUCUGGGGCAGACUAAGAAUUUGAUGGGGGUUUACCGUCUGUGCCUUUCUGCUAAGACAAUUCACCUUGUGAAGCUCAACUCCGAGAUGGCCUCCGUGAACCUGCCACUGAUGAACAUCAGGCGAUGCGGGCACUCCGAGAGCUUCUUUUUCAUCGAGGUGGGCCGGUCGUCGUCCAUCGGGCCUGGCGAGAUAUGGGUGCAGGUGGAGGACUCCGUUGUGGCCCAGAACAUGCAUGAGACCAUCCUGGAGACCAUGCGCGCGCUGAAGGCUUUCCCUGAGUUCAGGCCCCGCAGCAAGAGCCAGUCGUCCGGAUCGAACCAAAUCCCAUUCAUCACCACGCGCCGUCACCUGGGCAACCUGCCGCCGCGGCAGACGGGCCUGCGUCGCUGCGCCCGCCUGGACUCCAUGACGGGCACGCCCCCGAAAGGCAAGAGCAAAGGGGCGAAUGACCGCUUCCGGACGUCCAGCGAGGGCGACGGCACGACUGGCCGGCCCCUCAGCUCGGGCACCGGCUCCCUCGUGCACCUGAACACCCCGUGCGUCAACAUGUACCGCGAGGAGAGCGGCGGCGGCGGCCCGUGCUGCGUGCCCACGUCCCCGGGCUCGUCGUCCGCCCACGCCCCGGUCCGCUCCGUGUCCCAGCCGGCCUCCCACUUCCUGUCCGCCACCAGCCCCAUCAGCGUGUCGUCCAGCAGCGGCCACGGCUCGGCCUCCGACACGCACACGCGCCCCUCCAGCUCGUCCAUCUGCGGCUCGCCCAGCGACGGCGGCUUCAACUCCUCGGACGAGUUCUGCUCCAGCCCGUGCGACUUCCGCUACUUCCGCGCCCGGAGCGGCACGCCCGAGUCGCUCUGCGGCACGCCGCCCGUCCGCCACGACGACUUCCGCCUGAUGGACUACAUGGCCAUGGACCGCUACCACCUCCACCACUACCACCACGACCUGCACGGCGAACGGGCCAAGACGUUCGAGGAGGAGAGCAGUUACAUGGAGCGGGCGUUCAUCAAACUCUCGCUGGCGUCCAAGGCAAAGUCGGCGGUCGGUGGGGGACUGAUGCAACAGAAAGCCACUCAGACGUCCACCUCGCUGGAUGAGUCCAGUCCGGUCGAGUCCAAACACCAUCCGAGCAGCGCCUGCUCCCCGAAGUCGGACUAUAAGCCCUACGCUGAGGUGAGCCACCACCCGUCCAAGCCCACGUUUCAGUUCACCUCCGACGUGCGAAGGAAGCUGUACGAGGACGACGGCUACGUGCCCAUGACGUUCGCCACCGGCUCCGGUUCUUCCCAAAAGGCGGACUACAUCCCUAUGCAUCCCAGAGUUCUCCAUCCAUCCACCCUGGACAUCCAGUGCGUCCGGCCGUGCUGCCCUUCGCAGCAGAACGCCGACAGCUACAUGCUGAUGCAGACGGGCGAAGGCCGCUCCUCGCACGCCCUCGCCAGCCCGUCCUGCGCCCGAACGCCGAUGGAGUACAACGACUACAUGGACAUGUCGUUCAGCCACGCGGCCGAAGUCUACGUCCAGAGCCCGCCGCCCGACACGCCCAAGUCGCACAGCUCGUACUUCUCCCUGCCGCGCUCGUACAAGACCCCCUUGCGGGAAAAAUCGGGCCAGAUGGACGUGUCGGCGGAGACGCCGACCGACCCGGAUUCUCCCCCGAGCCCGGGCGAGUACAUCCACAUGGACUUCGGAGACCGUCUCACGAGGUCCCCAGCAUCCUCUCCCACUGUGACUGCCCCGUUCGCGUCCGCUUGCGAUCCUCACUGUGUGCCCCUGGGCCAGGACUACAUGGGCCUGGACAUGGACAGCCUCCUGUUUAAAGGGCGUCCCCCGCGCCACUCCCUCGUGGCGCCCUGGAACCCGCCGAACUACGCCCGGCCUGCCGUGAGCGCCUACCUCCAGGGGCAGACGGACUGCCUGGACCUGGAGAAGGCCUACGCCGCGGGCUCCGGGGCGGCCAAGAGCCCCUUGGGCCUCUACCAGCACCUGUGCGUGCAGGAGGAUCCCCAGCUGGUGCGGACGGGAGAGGCUCCGGGCCGGAGGCGCCACAGCUCCGAGACCUUCUCCCCACCCUCGGGCUCGGGUAGGGCGGUAUGUAGCAUGAAGGUCUCUGCCAACUCCAGUCCACCAGAGAGUAGCAGCAGCAGCAGCAACAGCAAAAGGUGGCCAAGCUCUGUCAGCUGCGACAGGUCACCUGCGGACGACCGCCUGUCCUCUCGCCCCAUUGUACCGCCAGCGAACCUUCUCACAGUCCCUUGCUCUGGUGCAGGAAGAGGACAACCCCACUCAACCAGCUACCUCAACUAUGGCGCUUUUGACCUGAGGGAGGUUCCCGGGGAUGCCGGUGGGGUCCCCUCGCCGUACCCCGAUCAGGCCCACGGUGAGGACGAAGUCUACACCAGCGUAGACUUCUCCGUGUCACGAGGAUCGACCACUGCCUCAAAAGAUUGAGUAUGUCCUACUCUGGAAGGGGCUGGAUCAUAAACUGAAUUCUGAAGGAGCGAACAUCAGACCUCCAAGAACAAUCAUACUCCCACUCAAACAAUAAUAAUUGCACAACCACUUUUGUUCUGCAUCAUUUUUAACAUAACUGCCUCAGUGACUGGUUUUAAGUUCUUCACAAUUUGUUUUGUGUCUUAUAUUAUUAUUUAUUGUUACAACUACAACAACAACAACAACAACACAGUUGUUUGGAUUACUUCUUGAGUUACAGUAUGUUUACUUGACAGCCAACCGCAUGCCACAGCCACAUCCGUUGGCAUGGCGCCUCCUCUCACGCCUCACUACGGUACGGACUUCAUCAUCCGCACAUCAGCACUUACACCCGCCGGGCCUCGGCCAGCCUCAUGUGGCACACGUGACCUUCAGACUUUGACCUUUGAAGAGCUGCUUGAGUCACAAUGCCAAUCAUCCCUUCCUCCUCCUCCUCCUCCUCCUCCUCCUACCACACCUGCCUCCCCAGUAUUUAUUUAUAUUGACUUUAAUUUAUAUAAAUGUAUAUUUUUCCAAGGAGCAAUGACUCACAUUGCAGAAUGUGCAUAAGGG